AUGUCCAGAGCUGGGACCAAGGUCACCUUCUACGAAGACAAGAACUUCCUGGGCCGUUGCUAUGAGUGUGAUGGGGACUGCCCUGAUUUCCACACCUACCUGAGUCGCUGCAACUCCAUCCGGGUGGAUGGAGGCACCUGGGUGGCCUAUGAGAGGCCCAACUAUUCCGGGAACAUGUACGUGCUGAGCCACGGGGAAUACCCCGACUACCACCACUGGAUGGGCCUCAACGACCGCCUCAGCUCCUGCAAAGCCGUCCAGAUUCCAGGUGGAAGCCGGGGCCACAUCCAGGUGUUUGAGAAGGGCGACUUCGGCGGCAAGAUGUUCGAAGCCACCGAAGACUGCCCUUCGGUCAUGGAGGAGUGGCACAUGCGUGAGAUCCAUGCCUGCAGGGUGCUGGAAGGGGUCUGGGUUUUCUACGAGCACCCCAAUUACCGGGGCAGGCAGUACCUGCUGCCCAAGGGCGAGUACCGCAAACCCGUGGAGUGGGGAGCGGCCAGUCCCGCCGUCCAGUCCUUCCGCAGCAUCGCCGAGUGA